GCUGAUCCCUAGACUGUUACGUGAGAUCAACGGGGAGGGAUGGUCAAGGCAGAAAAGCCUCAAAGUCCAGUGGGCGGAAAGCAGGACGCAAUGCCUGAAGUUUCAAACAAUAUGUGGGUAGCCCUUGUACUGGGGGUUCUUAGUGCGAUCUUUGCCUGGAUCUGGUUUGGGGGCACCAAGGAUGAGAAGUCAGAGCCCCAGACAGAGGGUGAAAAAGUGGCAGUAGAUGAAGCUGCAGCUCAACAGGCGUUCUGUUCCUUUCAGCAGGAGGAUGGGGGGAUGGGGCAGGCAAAGGUCAGCGAACUUAUUACUGUGGGAACAGAAGUGCACUCGGUGGAGCCAGCCCGUGGCCCGAAACACAGCCUUGAGCGAGAGUCGCAACAAGUCUCAGAAAAUGAUGCAGCAUAUCUUCAUGUGUUUGAAGACAAAACUGAAAGUGAGAAACCCAUAUCAAAAGUGGUACUAGAACCCAUUUUGAAAAUGAAAGAGCAGUCUAUGGAGUCUUUAAAUCCCUGUCAAAAAGUGGCUUCACAAGUCUUCUGUACAAUAGAAAAUGGAGCUCCAUCCGCACAUAAGCAGUUUGCCUUGGCCGAGAAUGAUUCUCUCAAACCAUUAGUAACAGAAGUUGGAGAGGAAGAACUCUUUCACCUGCCAGAAUGUGUAUAUUCUUUGCUAGGCAUGCCAUGUAAAGACCAGGUGAUAGAAUGUGACCUUUCACCAAGAGUGAAAACCUUUGGAGCAGUAAAAGAACAGAAAGAUGCUUUUCUUGCACACAGCUCUACUGUCUUAGAGGGGGCAAAUUACAAUGCAAUACUUCUACCACAAAGUCACACAGAAGCAGAACACAUAUAUUUACCACUCUCAGACUUAAAUGGUGAAAAGUGUGAACCAUUGCAUAGUCCUGAGAAGAUUGAGCUAGUUAGUGCAACCAUGUCAGAUGUGAAGUUACCAAACACUGAUCAUACAAAGAUUAAGAGAGUGGCAGCAGUACAACCAAUGCCCCAUAAUAUAAAAGUUGACUUUAAAGUACAUUAUAUAACCCACUCAGAAACCCAGUGGCUUGCUGUCACUGGGAAUCAUGAGAAGUUGGGUGGAUGGGAGACCUUUGUUCCACUGAAAUCUGAAAAAGAUGGCUUUUGGUCACAUUCAGUGAUCCUUCCAGCAGACACCAUUGUGGAAUGGAAGUUUGUGAUGGUGGAAAAUGGAAAAAUUAAGCGUUGGGAAGAAUGCAGUAACAGGAGUUUGACUACUGGACAUGAUGAUGUAGAAGUCCAUGAGUGGUGGGGGUAUCUCUGAGAUAUGCAUGGCAAGAGGCACACUUGCAUAAAACAUAUGUAUCUUGCCCACUUUGACUAUGUCCUGCUUCACAGUAAAUAACAGUGACUCUUAUCCCAGUCUAUUUGAAUUGAAACCAUGCCUAUUUUAUACAGUUAAACUGUCUGUUCUACUGUGACAAUAACUUGCUGAAUAUACUGCUUUUCUGCAGCAGUGACCGCCUUUCAAAAACAAUACAAUUUGUCAUCCCCAAUACACAAUAUCCUGUGAAAUAAAAAAAAAAAUUAUAUAUACAUA